UCCCUUGGUUGUCCUGCCCAUAAACUCACCUGUGUUAGGAAGGGACUAAGGCUCUGUUAGACCUUCCCCUGCUCUCCAGGUGUCACCAAUUAGCAAAGGCCUUAAAAGGGAGAGUAGGAGGGAAGCUCUGCCUUUCACUGAUUGCAGGCUUCAGAGAUGGAGACUCUGCUGCAAGAGCUCAGCUCAGCUUCCAAGCUCUUAACUGACCUUAAGGAGAUGUAUGAGUAUGAGACCCGUUUAAAAACCUUCACCAAGUGGCCCUUCCAGGAAAACUGCAAGUGCACUCCAGAGAAUAUGGCAAAGGCUGGCUUCAUCCACUGUCCAACUGCAAAUGAACCAGAUGUGGCAAAAUGUUUCUUUUGCUUGUUAGAACUGGUGGGCUGGGAGCCAAAUGAUGACCCAUGGGAGGAACACAGCAAACGUCACACCUGUGACUUUUUAUCCCUUCCCAAGCACUUUGAUGAGCUGACAAUGGAGGAGUACUACAUGCUGGAGAUGGCACGGCUGAGGACCUUCAUUUGCAAAGUUGGCAGCCGCGCCAUAAGCUCUUUUCAAGAAGAGGUGGCAGCGACGAGGCAGAGGCUGGUGAAUUACUUUGGCUCCAGACCCUCGCUCCCGGCACCGCUGCCUCUCGGGGAUGAGCCUUCAGCCCAGCAGCCUGGAGAAUCUGCUGGCCAAAAGCAGCCCCGCACAAGUGAGCUGUGACUCUGGCUCUAAAAGUGACUCUUGAUUUCCUCUCUCUGUCUGAGUGUGAUUGCAAAGCUGAACAGGUGUGUGAGGGAGUGUAUGAUGUAGAGAAGUGUUCCUGACUGGGAGGAGUGAGUACAGACAGGUAUGGCCUGUCUCUCACAGUGUGCUUUCUUGGUAUGGCUAGGACGGGAGCUAAGAGCAGUUCCACUACCCUGACAGUGUAUGGAAAAUGUCUAAGCAAAUACUUCUAUUCUGGUUUUUAGCAAGCUGACUUUUUGUUUUUGAAUAAAGAUUCACAACUGUGAGUA